CCAAUCACCGGUCAGAAUGGGACAUUGCUCCGUCCUACUAAAAUGUUACCUCCGUGGCCAUUUUCUAGUCUUCGCUCGAAUAAAAACAUUCAGUUUACUUGGUUUGCUGAUGUGUUAAUUUGGUAAUCGGCGUGUUCAUGGAAAGUUGGUUAUUCAUGCUGGUGAACAAAGAGAAAGAUUAGCGUCAGUGAAUACGGUAUGGAUACUGAGCGGAGGGGUGGGCGAGGUGAUCGCAUGGGGCGAUACGGUAGCAGCCAUGACGACUACAACUUUCAGGACGUGGACUACCGUGGUUUUGAUGACAAGGCACAAGAAGCAGAAUAUGAUGUCCGUAAUGAGGACGGCCAAAAUGUCCACAAUGAAACAUCUCUGUGUGCCGCUGAACUCUUACCCGGUCACCUCCAAGAUGUCCAAGGAUUCCAUCAAAAAGGGGAUUGUGGUCAGGAGAUCAAAGGAGUCCUCUGGCCUCUUUGUCCGCAGUCCUCAAUUGAUGGCUUUGAUGACAAGAAAUCCAAGAGAGAUUUUGAACGGCUACGGACUGGGUCGGAGGCAAGGGGAUUGAUGAAACAUGGUAAACAUUUUGCUGAGAACUCAACCCUAUAUUUAGGCAGUGGAGAAGGAAACUGGGGUCGCAGAGGCGGUGCCUGUCCUGAUCAGAUGGAGCACCGAGAGGAGGGCAGAUUCUCUCAAGGAGCGGGAAUGAGACGGAUGUUUGCCGCCGAGCUAGAGGAGCACGGCCGAAGUAGUUGUGAGCCCGAGCUGUCUCAUGAGGACAUGGAGCAAAGGGAGCAGGAUUACCGUGCUGAUCUGGACUACAAUCAGAGACCUAGCAACAUUGUCAUGCUUCGCAUGCUGCCACCCAACGCCACUGCCAAUGAAAUCUGGGCAACACUUCAAGAGCAGGGGAUCCAGCCAAAAGAGGUUCGACUCAUGAGGAACAAAUCUUCAGGUCAGAGCCGAGGAUUCGCCUUCGUCGAGUUUAAUCUCAUACAGGAGGCCACCCGCUGGAUGGAGACCAACCAGGGCAUGCUGCUGAUUCUUGGACAUCGAGUGUCGAUGCACUACAGCAACCCAAAACCACGAGCCAACGAGGACUGGCUUUGCAACAAGUGUGGAGUGCAAAACUUUAAAAGGAGGGAAAGGUGCUUUAAAUGCACUGCGCCCAAAUCAGAAGCUGAACUGAAGUUGCCCCAGAUGCACAAAGAUUCAACUCUUGGUCUUCAAAAGGAGGGAGCCCAAGGCUUGCUGCCCCUGCCAGCACCCUUUCAUUCGGUUUCUGCUGCCCAUUCAGCUCAAGUUGCACAGCAGGCAGACCUUGCCAACGACACGCUGAUUCUCAGAAACCUUGGACCGCAUACAACAGUGGAAGCCAUUUUAUCUUCUUUGGCCUCAUUUGCUACACUUUCAUCCUCCAACGUUCGCCUCAUCAAGGACAAGCACACAAAUCUCAACAGAGGCUUUGCUUUUCUGCAACUCUCCACGAUUGUGGAGGCAUCUCAACUGCUCCAGAUCUUGCAGGCUCUCAAGCAGCCUCUUUCUAUCGACGGGAAGGUGAUUGUCGUGGAGUUUGCCAAAGGUUUCAAGCGUGACACAUUUCCAACAGAAGUGAGUCGAAUGAGCGCUGCAACGGUGGCCAGCACCGCCAUUGCUGCAGCACAGUGGGCUGUCACACAGGCUGCACAAAAUGGUUCAGGAGCGACAAUACCAUACAAUCAAGAAGGGAAUGAUUACGCUCUGCCAGACAGCCAACAUUUUCAAGUCCAGGCAGACCCCAUGGUUGCUUCUUUGCCUAGUGCAGGUGCGACACUGAGGGGGGCUUACCCAGCAGCAGUUACCCCAGCUGCAGUGAAUCCAGGUGAAGCGCUGCCGCCCGGGAUAGCUAUCGUGCCGCAGCCGCAAACUCAGCCUUCCGCCACCCAGGUUGAGAUAGUCGGAAAACCGCAACCAGCUUCUUCCAGCCAGCCGGCAACACCGGGCACUGCACAUGAGCUCCAGCAAUAUCCUGUGCCAGAUGUAACCACAUAUCAAUAUGAUGAAAGCUCAGGCUACUAUUACGACCCACUGACGGGACUCUAUUAUGACCCAAACUCCCAGUAUUAUUACAACCAUCACACACAGCAGUUCAUGUACUGGGAGGGCGAGAAGCGCAUGUACAUUCCUGCAGCUUCUGGACAGUCAAAGGAAGAAGCAGCUCCCGCUGAUGAUCGUGCAGCCCCUGCAGACUCGGUGCCUGCUAAUCCUGGCAGCAAGGAAAAAAAAGAUAAGCCCAAGAGUAAAACUGCUCAGCAGAUAGCCAAAGAUAUGGAGCGCUGGGCCAAGUCUCUCAACCGACACAAGGAGAACGUGCGCGCUGCCUCCCCUGCGGCCGGUUCCACAGAUCGCAGAGAAUCAGCCAGCGCUGAUGCAGGUUAUGCUGUCCUAGAGAAAAAGGGGGCGCUUUCAGAACGGCAUCAAAUGUUUCUGGACCAGCUCAGACAAACUGAAUCACCCCCUCUACAGCACCCGGGUCUUGUUCCAGCCUACAGUGGGGAAAGUGACAGCGGCGAAGAAGAUGGCGACAAAGAUGAGAAGGACGGGAGGAUGACCGACUGGGUGAAACUGGCCUGUCUGCUGUGUAGGAGACAAUUUCCCAGCAAAGAGGCCCUGAUUCGCCACCAGCAGCUCUCGGAACUUCAUAAGCAAAAUCUCGAGCAAAGAAGAAUGCAGGAAGCUGCAGGAAAAGAGAGACAAACUGAUGGCCUCCAAACUCCCGCUUCCAAGAAGAGGAAGUUAAGUGCCAUUGAUGGGAUCACAGGCUCUAGCCUCGGUGCCAGAAUGCUCCAAGGAGGUGUGAAAAAAGGUCUUUUGUUGCGCAAUAUGCAAGUGGAGUGAGUGAGCUGCGACACUGCAACGGCGACUUGGCCCUGGUGGGACAAGGGUGGACACUUUGCACUUCAUUAGUACUAGCAUCUGUUCAUACAAUGUUUUCACCAUUUACUAACUUCCCAAAGCAGUUAAUGACAGGAUACAUAUUGCACA